AAUUUCCACAGUGCAAUUUGUCCUAAACGCUAAAUUAGAGUUCACACCCAAACCCCAUGAUCUUUAGGACCGUGCGGUGUCACAACGGUCUGUGCUCGCCGAGCUCAAGAAUGGGUUCAGUCCGCGCGCACAGCACACACACUGACAUCUCCCAGCGCGAGCGGAGCGCGGCAAUUUAAUGACGACAUAAUCUGAUGAAGUAGCAACAAUCGGGGGGAAAAAGUGGAUCUUCAUGCGCACAUUCCCAGGAAUAUUCCAGCUGGCUUCAGGAUGAAGACACCGAUGCGUCAUGGAGUUGCCGUUUUUCUCGCGAUCACCAUGUGCACCAGUCUGUUGUUCGUGUACAGCGUCAGCUACAGUAAUAAUACUACAGCAUCCCGCGCGUCUAAGGGCGCGUCAGGUGAGAAAGUGGAGCCCACCAGAGCGCCGCGCGCGCCUCCAGCACUGCAGGGGUACAGCAGCAUCAUUGAGCACAAGCCUCUGAAGAUGCACUGCAGGAGCUGCGCGCUCGUCACCAGCUCGGGUCAUCUAACCGGCGGGGGUCGUGGAAAAGAGAUCGAUCAGGCGGAGUGCGUCAUCCGAAUGAACGAUGCGCCUACAGCCCGUGGCUACGGGGCGGACGUGGGUCACCGCACGAGCCUGAGGGUCAUCGCUCAUUCCAGCAUGCAGAGAGUCCUGCGCAGCCGCCAUGAGCUCCUCAACUCCAGUCAGGACACGGUCUUCAUCUUCUGGGGACCCAGCAGUUACAUGAGACGUGACGGGAAAGGGCUGGUUUAUAACAACCUGCGGCUCAUGAACCAAGUGCUGCCCAAACUCAAGGUCUACAUCAUCUCCUGGCAGAAAAUGCUCCAGUUUGAUGAGAUAUUCAAGAGAGAGACCGGCAAAGACAGGAGAAUCUCUAACUCGUGGUUAAGCACAGGCUGGUUCACAAUGACUAUUGCCUUAGAGCUUUGUGACAGAAUCAAUGUUUAUGGGAUGGUGCCUCCAGAUUUCUGUAGGGAGUCCCAGCACCACUCUGUCCCGUAUCACUACUACGAGCCCACGGGCCCGGACGAAUGUGCCAUGUACAUCUCCCACGAGCGAGGCCGUCGAGGCAGCCACCAUCGCUUCAUCACGGAGAAGCGGGUCUUUGCGAACUGGGCUCGGACAUUCAACAUCCAUUUCUACCAGCCGGACUGGAGUCCUCCGCCGUUACCGAGAAAUCACACGGCGACCACAGCGUUUCCUCGAUCGCAGAAGACGUGACUCUUACCAGAGCCUUCCAAAGAUCUCAAACUGCCUCAAACGGAUCACUGGCUAAUUCCUGUUGCCAUGUGGAUGGAGCUUUACGUGUCGGGUUGGCUGG